UGCCCAAACGAAGAUUUUCACGAAAACAUCGACCGCAGACUGCGUAGCCACGGCCAGCGAGAGCAGCGGGACAGCGACGCGAUGGAUCCGGUGGCGUGACAGCCACGUCGAUGGCGUUUCUAAAGUUUUACAGCCAUGUUUGAGCGUAAAGAAAGACGAUAGGAGGGUUAGGUUGAACGAUAAUGAUUGCGGGCUCACUUGUUUGACAGAGAGGGGCCAAAGCGGACCCCCCUCUCCUCGGUUCGAGCCGUUCCGCCCGAUGGAGGCUGAUGGGACCCUCGCAGCGAGCUGGAGGCCCGGGGUGUCACCUGUGAAGCAGGGACAACUCGACGCAGGACGUUUUUGAGAUCGAACUGUGGACACACGAGUGUGUAAAACCACUUAUUUGACAACUCUUCAAGGCUUGUAGAGAAAAAGUUGACAGCUCAACAUUUGCUGCACGAGACAGCUUCACGCGCAGGAUGACCGUCGUUGAUGCCACCCAACGAGAGGUAACAGCCUCGGUAGACUCGGGGCAGGUGAACGGCGCAACUUGCUAAUGGGCUCCACUCGCUUUACCUUCUUUUAACGUAAAUAUUUACGCGUUUAAAAGUUUUUCUGUUUUGUUUUUGUUCUUCGGAAGGCGAAUUUUGUUUAAAAGGACUUUUCUGCUCAAAGUUUGGCCCUUUCCAGUCAUUGACCAUGUCCCUAAAAGAAAACGCUUGUCGGAAGUUUCAGGCCAACAUCUUCAACAAAAGCAAAUGUCAGAACUGCUUCAAACCAAGAGAAUCACAUCUGCUGAACGACGAAGACUUGAAUCAGGCAAAACCUACAUAUGCAGGAUGGUUGCUACUAGCACCCGAGGGAACAAAUUUUGACAAUCCCUUACACAGAUCUCGGAAAUGGCAGAGACGGUUUUUUAUCCUUUACGAGCAUGGACUGCUUCGCUAUGCUCUGGAUGAAUUGCCUAGCACUCUACCCCAGGGUACGAUCAAUAUGAACCAGUGCUCGGAUGUCAUCGACGGCGAGUCCAGGACGGGUCAGAAGAAUUCUCUGUGCAUCCUCACACCUGAUAAAGAGCAUUUCAUAAGGGCUGAGUGCAAAGAAAUCAUCAAUGGGUGGCAGGAAGUUCUGUCUGUGUACCCCAGGACCAACAAGCAGAACCAGAAGAAAAAACGUAAAGUUGAUCCUCCCUCUCACCAGUCUCUCUGGUUCCUUACCUCCCAUUAUGUCCUUCACCCUCCCCAUCCACUCCUCCCUCUAAUCAUCACCCAGGAGCCGGGGCCAGCCAAGGUGACGGUGACCAGCAGCAGCAGUGGAGGCAGCAUCCCCUGCCUUCAGAGCAGUAUUGCCAGUGCUGAGCGGGUCCCAAUGAGCCGUGCAACUCUGUGGCAGGAGGAGAGCUGCUGGAGGAGGACAACCAUCCCCUGCAGCCGCAGUGCCUCCUGUCUCAGCCAACUGAGCCAGAGCCAGACAGACUCCAGUGUUACCAGUCACGAUGACAGCAGCACUGUGAGCACUGGUCGAAAGGUACGAGUGGAGAGUGGUUACUUUUCGCUGGAGAAGACCAAGUCAGAACCAUCUCCACAAUCUGUACAUCACUCCCAGCCACCCCAGAGUCUGCCCUUGUCCUCUUCAGCAUCCGCCUCUUCUUUAGGAGCUCAUAGUUCCAGGUACAACUCAGAAAUCAACCCUCAUCAACCUCCCCAAGAUCCUUUUCCCUCUCCAAAUGCACUUGUAUCCCCGAGCUACUCCACCCUCAGCUCCUCUCAGAGCUCGCUGGACUCUGAACCCAGCAGAGCUACUCUCACCUGGGAGGGGCACAGUGGUGAAGGGAGUACUCGUAGUGUCACUAGUGGAGGAAGCAGAGCGGGACGCUCCGGCAGGGAGUACUCAGCACUGUCAGAUGUGCCUCGGGCUCGCAUUCUGAGUUACCACGAGGCCUUCCGCUCAGAGAAAAAGCGCCAGGAGCUGAGGGCACGGACGAGAAGUCCAGGGAGGGAGGAGGUGGCUCGCCUGUUUGGGGAACCACGCAGGCGAUCUCAAAUCAUAGGUCGGUUUGAAGAUGGUCAGAAGACCGAGCAUAUGGAAACCAGCAGCUCUCUGGAUCCUGAUGUCAACUCUACAGGGAUUCAAAGACAGGGCCGGAGCGAGCGACGCUACCUAGAAAGCAAACACGAGAUGUCACUGGAUACAGGAAGGGACUACUUAGCCUCUGAUGUUUCCAACUCCAAUUUCAACAAUUUAAGAAGAGCCAAGUCACUGGAUCGCAGAGUCACAGAGUCGUCCAUGACUCCAGAUCUGCUGAACUUCAAGAAAGGAUGGAUGACAAAGCUUUAUGAUGAUGAAAUGUGGAAGAAACACUGGUUUGUUCUGACAGACCAGAGUUUGAGGUAUUACAAAGACUCAAUAGCUGAGGAGGCCUCACAACUGGAUGGUGAGAUUGAUCUUUCCACAUGUUAUGAUGUCAAAGAGAUUCCAGUUCAGAGGAAUUAUGGUUUCCAAAUCCUUUGUAAAGAUGGAGCAUGCACCCUGUCAGCCAUGACCUCUGGAAUCCGUCGCAACUGGAUUCAGGCCAUCAUGAAGAAUGUGCGACCCACUGUUGCCCCCGAUGUCACCCGGAAAAACAUCUCUCUGAAACUGUCUGUUCUGAAGCCCAGAUCUAGUCCUGAUGAAAAGAUCAAAGGCCAUGUGGUGUUGGAACCAUGUCCUCAGACCACUCCAGACCUUAGCCCACGUGUUGGUGAUUGUAAGUCUGAUGACCCCAAUCAGUCACCAGACAGCAGUUCCUCCACUCCUUCGUCUGAGCCACGUAAAAAGGGAGUCCGUGAGCGCAGGCGAGAGGGCCGCUCAAAAACCUUUGACUGGUCUGAAUUUAAAAUGGAACAGAUGGAAAAGCCUACUAAAGAGCGAGCGCACACCAUCGACCUCAGUUCAUCACUUUCUACAGCUUCUUCCUGCUGUUCGUCAUCUCUUUCGUCUCCUGUGUAUUCUUCCUCUCUGCAAACCUCAUCUCUACCAGGUCCUCACCCACCUACUGUGACACCUACUGUGAAAGAAGAUGCUGAAAGGGAGAGUGCUAAAAGAGGGAGCCCCCUGCACAGCACAACCAGCCCAAGUCACAUGCCAAAUGUAGUUUUGUCUAGUUCAACACUCAACACCACAUCACCUGAAAACCAAGAGCAGGGAAAGAUGGAAGUAGACCACCCUACAGCUGUUUGUCUAAAGAGUGAAGACACAACAGACGGCACAGCCUCACAUGUCCAAGAUGAAAUUGAACAACGAUGGCAUCAGGUGGAGACAACACCAUUAAGGGAAGAGAAGCAAGUGCCAAUUGUCACGACUGUAGGAAACCCUGACCGAUUACCAGCGCAUGAGCUUGCUGAGCUGCUAGACAAAGAGUUGGGACAGAAGCAGAAGGAACUGGAUCAUCUACAGCAGCAAAACAACUUUUUAAAAGAACAACUGGAAGAUGCACUGGGGAGAGAACAAAAUGCCAGAGAAGGAUACGUACUGCAGAGUGCAACACCUCCUCCCUCAUCACCACACAGAGUGCCGUGGCAACACUUGCACAGGCUAAACCAAGACUUACAGGGUGAACUGGAAUCCCAAAAGCGCAAGCAGGGCCUAGCUCAACAGCAAAUCUGCACACUAAAGAGAAGCUACACCGAAGCUCAGGAUGUCGUCGACCGCCAUGAGGCCGACAUUCAGGCUCUGCAGGCUAAACUUGCAUCUGCUAUGGCCGAAAUCUUAGCUAGUGAACAAGCUGUGGUUCGAAUGCGCAAUGAGCUCAAGUUGGAGCAGAACCGUUCUAAAGAACAAGAGGAGGAAUAUGGACGCAAUGAAGCCACCCUCAGAACACAACUAAAGGAAAGUGAAGACAGACUCCGUGAGGUAGAAGCCAGCCUUCUGGAAAGAAGCCAGGCUCUGAGGCACCUAGAGCAUCAGCAGGCUCUGCAACGAGACCACAUGAAGGAGAUACAGAGGUUGCAGGAGAGACUGCAGGAGGUAACUGCUCGACUGAGUGCUACAGAAGAGGGUCAAGCACUGAAGGAAGAGCGCUUGAGAUUUGAGCAGUGUAGUAUACAAGAAAGUCAUGAAAGGGAAAGGCAGAAUCUGUGUAGAAGAUUGGCUGAGGCUGAAGCCACACAAAAAGAAGUAGAAGAUAGACUGUUGGAGGCUGAGCAACAGGUUGAAGCCUUGUUAAGAGGGAGAAGGGCCUCGGGUGGUAAAGAAUUCAAAGAAGAAAUGUUGAAGUUGCAAGAACAACUGGCCUAUAAGACUGACAUUAUUGAUACACUGAGGGAAAGUGUGCGAAGACUAGAGGACGAAAAAAAACAUCUCACCUGUCGCUGUCAGGAGCUUCUCAAUCAGAUUGCAGAAGCAGACCGUGAGGUGAACAAGCUGCGUAAUCGUCUCGAAACUGAAGAAGCUGAUUACUGUACCCUGGAGCAUUCAUAUGAGAGGGCUACUGAAGAAUUUCAAAAGAUGAGCCAGUUUCUUAAAGAAAAAGAAGAGGAGAUCCAGCAAACUAAAGAGAUGUAUGAAAGGUUGAUGAAGAGUAAGGAAGAGGACCUAAAAGAAGCUCUUGUCAAAAUGACAGCACUUGGCAGCAGCUUGGAAGAAACUGAACUGAAGUUGCAAGCAAAAGAGGAGCUUUAUUGUCAAAUGAGUCAGAGUUUCAUCAAUAAAGCGGAGCCUUGCAAAGCUGAAAAAGAUCUGCAAGCCAAGCUUGUGGUUGCAGAGGCCCGCAUUGCAGAGUUAGAGCAGCACCUCAAUGCCCUGCACCUGGACUAUGUCGAUCUUUGCAUUGAAAGGGAGCUAAUCCCAGACAAGGACAAAAAGGGAGAAGUUGAUGCAUCACCCCCAUUAUCAUCAAAUACAGAGCUCCCUUUAGAUUGUAAGGAUUCUCAAGCUAAGAGGACAAGGAUACGUUUUUCAAGUAUUCAUUGCCAAAAAUACAAAAGCCUUGAAGACAUGGACAGUAGCCAUUUGAGUUGUCCUUUAGACGUAGAGCAGAAAAGUCAUGACAGUGUUGAUCUGGACAUCCAACAGACUAAAGAAAACAUUUCCGAUACCCCACUCCCACAAACCAGCGACCCAGAGAAGUUCAUCGGUAUUAUACAUGAACUAGAAACGAAACUGCUCACCACUGAAGAAAAGCUGAAAAAUCUAACACAGAAUUUAGAUGUGCAACGACCAACCAAAACCGAAGACUCACCCUUUCAUGAUCCAAAAACAUCAAAACAGAAGCCAGGCCCAGAAGAAGGGGUUAGUGGUGCAAGUGGGAUAAAGAGUGAUUCUUCUCUUAAGCAUUACUCUAAGGCCCUGGUGUGUGUUGAAAACAGUCGCGAGAAAGUGAAAGCUAUACUUAACAGCUGUCAUGGUAGCACUGACUCACAGCUGCACUCGCUGUCAGAGAUUGAGAAUGAUUUGUUCAAUGCUUCACUGCACAUCCAACAGGGCCAAAAGAUGUUGGACGAGCAGUCCCCCGUAGUCCUUCGGAAUCAAACUCUAGAGACUGUAGACAGGGAUGCGCUGCUCCUCUUUGCCAAAACGUUGUCUUUUGAAGCAGUAAUUUUGAACAAGAUGGCCUUAUUGAUUCAGACCUCAAAGUCUGACCUCCAUCAAGCUCUCUUUGACAUAUGGGAGGACUUGGACCACAUUAAAAGGAGCGAAAAAGAUUGUUUGGCCAUAGUUUAUGCUGACGUCUUAACCAGGAAGUUGAUGUUGGAGAGUGCAUUCUGGAAGGACCUGGAGAAAGCUGAGACGGAUGUUGCUGUUUUCCAAAAGAGCAGAGUAUCAGUCGAUGUAGAUGUCGACGCAACUGAAGUGUGUAACACCUUCCUCAAAGCAGAACUGGCUUACUCGAUUCAAAAUCUGAAACUUUUCUAUGAAGAGAAAUUUGAAAUGCUGAAAAGCGAGCUGGCUGAAGCCUAUAAUAAGCUAUCUGAACGGGAGAUGGCACUGAAGGCAAUUAUUGAUGCUUCGAAAAAGCCUGAGUUAAAAAUGGUAAUAAAAGAGGUGAAAAAUUCCCUUGGCUUUGGUAAACAAAAGUUAGCCAACAUUCACCCACCUGAACUGGCUCCAUAUAUGGAGCAGAUAGAGAUAGAAGAAGCUAGAGGUUUGGCUGAGGAAAUGGUUGACAGACACUUGGUGAGUGUCAUGCCCUCAUGUGGUGUUCAGUCUGUUGAGUCAUUUCAAAAUGCUUAUGACAACCUGGCUAAUGAGCUUCAGAGACAAGCAGCAAUCCUACAUAAGUAUGCUCAAGAGAUAGAAAGUAGUGGAAGUCAUCCUGCUCUGUCCAACAUGAUCCAUAGUGUGUUAGGACAGCAAACAUCACAUAAUUUGACCAGCACCUCUCUCUGUAUGCGUGAAGCCCUCAUACAGGCUCAAGUGGCUUAUGUGGCUUGCAGGUUACGAACCAUGCAUGAGCAAGAGUUGAGUUUGUGUAAACAGACGAGUCAAAACAUGGAAGAUCUUGUGAAGCAGCAUGCCUUGAAUGUCUCAGCUAUCCAAGAAAAGUAUGAAGCGUCUUUAAAACAAGAGCGGGAGAACUUCACCCAAACCAUGAUCUCACUGGAGAAGGAGAAUCAGACACUGAAGAGUGAGAUCAGCGAACGUGUGAAUCAGCUCUCCCAGCAGCAAGAGAAAGUAGCCCUCCUAGAAGAGCAUUUUCAGAAGGAGACACAGGAGCUGAAACUGAGGUACAAACAUGAGCUUAGCCAAGCAGAGCAAAGUCACGCCUCAACAGAGCUGGCCCUGAUGGAGACUGCAGCUGAUGGUCAACGAAAGCUUGAGCUUCUACUGGUGGACAUUGACGGCAUGGAGGAGAGUCACAAGAGUCACAUUCAAAAGUUGCAGCAGCAGUUUGAAGAGAGGAUCUGUGAGCUCCAGCAAAUCCACAAAGAGGAGGUGGACAAAUUACAUUCCCAGUGUUUGGAACGCCUUCAGUGUGCCACAGAAAGACCUGGGGCCUUCUACCCACUUCCUUGUGUAGAGGUCUCAAUGGAAGAGGACAAGCAGAGAAAGGGGGUGAAUCCACAAAACACAUCAGAGGUGGACUCCAUGGUGGUUCUGAAGGAUCGCAUCCAGGAGCUGGAGACUCAGAUGAAUAGCAUGAAGGAUGAGUUGGAGAACAAGCACCUUGAAGGAGAUGUGGCCAGCCUGAGGGAGAAAUACCAGAGAGACUUUGAAAGUCUUAAGGCGACUUGUGAGCGUGGCUUUGCUGCAAUGGAAGAAACGCAUCAGAAGGUCAUAGAUGACAUCCAGAGGCAGCAUCAAAGGGAAAUCUCCAAACUCAUGGAGGAGCGGGAGAGACUCUUGGCGGAGGAGACUGCUGCCACAAUUGCUGCUAUUGAAGCGAUGAAGAAUGCACACAAGGAGGAGCUGGAGAAGACUCAGCGCUCCCAACUGAGCGGGCUAAACUCAGACAUUGAUGAACUUCGCUUACAAUACGAAGAGGAGCUACAGUCCAUCCAGAGAGAACUGGAGGUGUUGUCAGAGCAGUACUCUCAGAAAUGCUUGGAGAAUGCUCACCUGACUCAGGCGCUGGAGGCAGAGAGGCAAGCCCUCAGGCAGUGUCAGAGAGAGAACCAGGAGCUGAAUGCACACAACCAGGAGUUAAACAACAGGCUGACUGCAGAAAUCACUCGGAUGCGUUCCUGUUUCAGCGGUGAAACGGCUCUGUCACCACUUACCCACGGCAAGGACGUGUAUGAAUUGGAGGUGCUGCUACGAAUUAAAGAGUCAGAGAUUCAGUAUCUUAAACAGGAAAUCCACUCUUUGAAAGAUGAGCUGCAGUCUGCUUUCAGGGACAAGAAGUAUGCUACAGACAAAUACAAGGACAUCUACACUGAGCUGAGCAUUGUGAAAGCUAAGGCUGACUGUGAUAUCAGCAAACUGAAGGAAAAGCUGCUCCUGGCUACAGAAGCUUUAGGGGAGAGGACCGUUGAUGACUCUGUUACAUCUGGAUAUGACAUCAUGAAAUCAAAAAGUAAUCCGGAUUUCAUGAAAAAAGAGAAAUCAUCCACCUCCAGGCAGUCUAGAGCAGUGAGGUCAAAGUCUGUCGUUGAACAGGUCUCAUGGGAUAGCUGACACUCUCAACCCCCACCCUCAGAUGUGCUAGCUUGAAAGAGGGACUAACUGUGCAGGAGCGCAUGAAGCUUUUUGAGGCUAAAGACUCCAGAAAAAUUUAAAUAUCAGUGACUGACAAGCUGACAUGUUGAAGCUUUUUACAAGAACUAAACAAGAGAAACCCAUCAAGUCCAGACCUGGACCCACUGAUCCCAUUCCUCCGAUAAGUUGUCGUCAUGGCAUUUGACCCAUUGAACUGGCAAAGCCUGUCUUUUAUUUCCUACUCUACGUUGCAGUAUAACUUUGAGAAGUUGGAGAAGUGUCGAAAGGAGCUGUGAGAGGGAUGUUUAACAACAGCUAUUAUUUUGAGCCAAAACUCACAGCAAUACAUGUUAUGAUUAAUAUAUAUUUCCCAAUAUGAGUUAGGUGUCUGCUGUAUUUUAUUAUUGUUACUGUGUUUAUAUUUAGUGGUUUUUAUUGUCUAUGUUGCACCCGUUGAGUUGUACAUAACUACUGGACCUGUAGAGUUUGCUAGUGGUUGUUGAGGCGUCUGCUGUACUAUAACAAUGGUUUGAGUGAAGGUGGAAAACAAUGUGAUCAUGUUUGUGUCUGCCAGUUUUCCAGAGGAGUGUGUUUGUGUGUGAGGGGGGUCAAACUGGGUGGGAAGGGGUGAGAUUGCACGUACACCUUGACUACUUGAGAAAGCUCGUUUUUACUUAUCUAAAUUUGGCGUAAUGACUUCAAACCAAUAAACGCAGUGCACCAAACAUCCUGGCUUAGUAAUAAUCAGUGAACAGCAGUUUCUUCUUUGUGAUACUAAAUAUUUUUCCCCUUUUUUAAUGCUGGUUACAUAUUGGCUCACUUUUGACUUUGUAAGGAAAUUAUUUUAGCAAAACUAAUUACAGCCUUGCAUGACUGUACAGCUUAAUUUAAACUACAGAAUGAUCUCAUUGUCUUGUUAUUUUAUGCUUUAGUGUGGAACUUUUAACAUUAUUAAGCUUUGCUUUGCGGAUCCUACUGUGUAGAUGUUUAAGAUUGAAACGUUUUACUGUAAGAAGCAGUCGGGAAGCACUUAGCCCAGUCCCUCGAAUCUCAUCUCUAAUCUACAUGUGCCUCAACUGAGUGAAUAGAAACAUCCAUGAAACCUGUGCAGCUAUAGAAACACACUGUAUAGUAUUCAACUCACGCCUUGUAUAUAUGAACAUGCCACAUGGACGACUCCUGUGUUUGUUUUACACUUGUACCUUGCUCAGUUGCUCUACAUGAAAUAUAUAUAAAUGAAUAUUUUUUAUUUCCUUUUGAAUGUAUAACGUCAAAUAAAUGAAGUGUUUUAAA